AUGACAGCAAUAACAAUGGGAUCCAUAGCUUUGGAAGAGUAUGAACUUAUGAAAGAUGCUAAAUAUCGAGUUUAUGUGUCAGCGGUGGAUAAGGCAUUAAAAAAUUUUGAAUAUACGAGUGAAUGGGCUGAUUUAAUAUCCGCUUUGGGAAAACUUAAUAAAGUUUUAUUAAAUUAUAUGAAAUUUCCUGUUAUACCUCGACGUAUAAAAAUAUCAAAAAGAUUAGCACAAUGCAUGCAUCCAGCAUUACCAUCUGGAGUUCAUUUAAAGGCAUUAGAAACGUAUGAUAUAAUUUUUAAAUGUAUGGGAACAAAUCGACUAAGCCAAGAAUUAUUUAUAUAUAGUGCAGGGCUAUUUCCUCUUCUUGGUAACGCUGCUAUGAAUGUUAGACCAACCCUGUUGAAGAUUUAUGAGACUCACUUUGUACCACUUUGUGAAAGAUUAAGACCAGGAUUAAGUGGUUUUCUUAGUGGAGUUUUUCCAGGAUUAGAAGAAGGAUCAGAUCAUUUUGACAGAACAAAUACUUUAUUAGAAAAAGUAUGUCAAAGUGUUGGCGUUAAACAUUUUUAUACAUGUUUGUGGGAUUGCUUAGGCGCUAAUUCAAGUAUCAGAUUGCCUGCUAUAUUAUUCGUUUUAUCUCAUUUUAAUAAAAAAUUAUCAAUGCUAGAACAGCCUCAUAUUAUGGGAACAAAUAUAAAUAUAAUGAUAUCCUCAUUAAUUGCUGGAAUACAAGAUAAUUCAGUACUUGUCCAACGAAGUAUACUAGAUCUUUUAUUAAUGGGAUUUCCAUUACAUUGUUGCAGUAAAAAUGAUAAUAAUAACAUUAAUUAUGAAAAUGAUUAUGAUGAUGAUAAUGAACAUGGUAAUAAUAUUAAAAAGUUAUUACUUAAACAUAAUGACAUGGUAUCAUUACUUACGGCUUCUUUAACAACUUUAUUAAGAAGAGAUAUGAGUUUAAAUCGACGAUUAUUUUCAUGGUUACUUGGUACGGAAAUUAAAAAUAAUGAACAAAGUGAAAUAAAAUCAACAAUUACAAUAGCUAGCGAUAAUAAACUUACCACAUCAUCAACAGGAAUAACUAUUAAAAUAGGAGCAACUGAUAACGCAAUUACUGUAGUUGAUCAAUCAACAUAUUUUGAUUUAUAUUCUAAAGAUUUAUUGAUUGAAGCACUGAGAUCAAUAAUGAAAAGUGUAUGUUGUGACAGUGAAGAAGAAUCACCAACAAUAAAGUUAUCAUUGGACGUUAAACCAUAUAAAAUAUUAGUCUCAUUAUUAGAUAAAUCUGAAAUUGGUCCGUUAAUAUUAGAUGAUAUUUUAUAUGAUGUCUUUCGUACAUUUUAUAAUAGUAUUAUGAUAAAACAAAAAAUUUCAAUAGAUACUAAACGUUUAAUAACAAAAUCUUCUCACCAUCAAGAAAUAAUAAAAUCAGCAAAUUUAUUAUUUUCAAGUCAAUUAGAACCGGCUUAUGUAUGGCGAUAUUGUGGACAAUUGAUUGAAAAAGUAUGUAUAAUUUAUGAAAAUGAAUAUCAACAGCAGAAACAAAAAAAACAAGAUGAUAAUAAUAAUAAUAAUAAUAAUAAAGUACAAUCAAUUGGAAGUGGUUUACCAAAUUUAAUGGAAUUGUGUAUUUUAAUAGAAUUUUUACUUGAUAAUGUUGACACUACUUUUUUUGGUGAUGUACCUUCUGAUCAUUUACCAGAGCUUUUUUAUAAAAUUAUAAAUCAAUUAUUGGAGCGAUUAUAUAUUUUUAAACCAAUUGAAAUAACUCAAAGUCUUGUACUUUGUAGUAAAAUUUUAUCUAAAAUUCAACCUAUGAUAAUUGCAGAAGGUGGAGGAGGAAGAGGAAGAAAAGCAAGAGAAGAAAAAGAAGAAAAAAAAUUAACAAAUUCUCAACAAAAUAAACAAAAUAAAUCUAAAACUGUUAUUAAUAAUAAUGAACCUAAUAACAAACUAUUAAAUUUAUCUGUAUCAACAAAUAAUUCACUUAGUGAUUGUUAUAAACCAAAUUCUAAUUCAACUAAUUCAAACAGUGUAUUUACAUCACUUGAAAAAAGUUUGUCUGACAGUAAAUUAUAUCAAACUAUUAAAUUAUCAAUUAUUGAUGAUAAUUUAUUGUUACCAUUAAAAAGAACUAGAGCUGAUUCUGGUGGUUUGUUGAAAAAAAAUGAUAAAAAUAUAAUUAAAAAAAAAUCUAGCAAAAGCACAUCAAAAAUAAAUGAUGGUUUAUUAUUGGAUAAUAAUACAGAACCAGUUAUUGAUGAUGAUUCAUUUAUUGAAUUUAAUUCUAAAAAAUUACUGUCAUUGUCGUCAUCAACAUCGUCAUCGUCAUCGUCAUCGUCAUCGUCGUCGUCGUCGUCAUCGUCAUCGUCAUCGUCAUCGUCUUCUGCAUCGUCGUCAAUAAAAAAAGAAACGCUACAAUCACACAAUUAUUGCUGUUCAUCAGUGCUAAGCAAGUGUCUAAACAAAUAUAAAUCAUUUUACGUUAAAUUGAUAAGUGAUAAAAUUUUAUUAUCUCAAUUGAAAUCUCAUAAAACUAUAUUAAAUAUAUUUAAAACUCUUGAAAAAACAGUAAACAAAAAAAAUAGUGAAACAAGUUUAGAGUCAAUACUUAAUUAUCAUCUAUUACAAGAUAAAGUUGAUAAAUUAAAUUCAGUUUCAUAUAAUAAAAAUAAUAGUGAUUCAUUACCUGAAACAAUGACAUCGUACUUGAAUUUUUUAAAGAAUUUUAAUCAAGUAACAGUAAAUACGACAAUGGUUGAUUUGAAAUGGAAACAAGUUUUACAAGUUGCUUCUAAAUUACUAGUUGAAUUAUCGACUUUUUCAAUAUGUUUUCAAGAUUCUGAUAAUAAUAAUAACAGUAAAAAUAAUAAUAAUAAUAAUAAUAAUAAUAAUGAUGAUGUUAGUAAUUAUGAAUAUGAUGAUCAUGAUGAAAAUAAUUAUAGUAUAAAAUUAAAAGAUAUAGAAACUAAAACUCCAAUUAAUUCAGUAAUAAUACCAGAUUGGCUUCAAGUACUGGUGAUAUGUUGUUGUUGGUUAAGUAAUGAACCAUCACUUCAGCUUACAAGUAUUACAACUUUAAUAGAUUUAUUGGCAUUAACUUAUAACAAUAAUUUUUCAUCAUCUAAUCCAAUUAAUUCAAGCAAUAUUGCUGCUACAACUGCUACUGCUACUGUGAAUAAUAAUAGUAGUACCAACACUACAACUUGUGUUACAAAAGUUAUAAUAGUUCCUUUAUUAAAAAAAUGGCAUAUUAAUUAUUUGCUUGAUAAUACAAAUGUUUUUCAAAUUUUAUCAUAUUCAUUGUGGCAACAUCUUGAUAAACUUGCACCAUAUAAAUAUCAUGCACAGUGUGUUGAAUUAUUAUAUGAAUUACAUUAUCUAUUAUAUCAGUAUCAGUCAUGUGAUAUUGUUGAAGAUAUUAUUGGAUUAACAUUAGCUGAAACAAAUUCUGACUAUGAUAAUGCUCGAAUAGUAGAUCCAGUACUUUUAAUGUUACUCGAUUCAUCUACUUGUCGUAUGAGUGUACUUUAUGUAAAUAUUCAACAUAUAACAACACUAGUUACUACAAAUUCUUCAAGUAGUAGUGGUCAACAUAAACAACAACAAUAUAUUACGAAAAAAAAUAAAUUUAUUAAAGAGUUAAAAGUACCUCCAAGUAUAUCAAAUAAUCAUCAUAUUUCAUUAUUUGUUAAUCCAAUGACAAAUAUUAAAAAUUCAUCAAUAAAAAAAGUCAUUUCCGAUGAUAACGUCAAAAAAAAUUGUGAAGAUAAUGACGAUGACGAUGAUGAUGAUGAUGAUGAUGAUGAUGAUAAUGAUAAUAGCGAUGAUAAUGAUGAUGAUGAUGAUGAUGAUGAUGAAGAAGAUGAUAACAAUAAUGUUGAUGAUGAUUAUGAUGAUGAUAACAGUGAAAGAGAGGAGGAAAAUGAAGAAGAUUAUGAAAACAAUAGUAAAAUUGUGAUAAAUAAUAAAAAUAAUAUUAAAACUACAAUGAGAAUAAGAAAAUCAAAUUUAAAAAGAACAUCAUUUGAUAAUGGUGACAUUGAUUGUGAUGAAAAAAUUGACAAAAAUAUUGUCGAUAGUGUAUCAUUUAAAAGUUCUAAUGAUAAUAAUAUUAGUGGUACUAGCUUUGAUGAACGUAUACUCAAGUCAACAACAUUAACUAAUAAAAGUAAUAAUAAUUUACAAAAUGAAUCAAAAAAAUUGAUAAAAUGUUCAUCUUUGGAUUCAAUUGAAAAGAAUAAUAUGAUUAGUACGCCUUCGAUAUUAAAUAAAGAAUUUAAAAAAGGGUCAAAUUCACAUAUUACACCAAUAAAAAAUAAUAAUUUUUCACGGCAAGUAGUAGCAGGAGAUACACUUUUAAAAGGAAAGUACAUUAGUAAUAAUGAAUUUACUUCGAUUUAUCCCACAACAACAACAACAACAACAAGUGAAUCAAUGUCGUCAUCCAUACAAUCAAAUACUAACAUUUCUGGUUGGGUUAUAGGUAAAAAUAAUAAUCAUGAUAAUGAUGAUGACAAAAACAAUAAAGGUAAUGAAUUAAAUCUUUGUUUAACUGCUGAAGAGUAUUUUGAUAAAAAUAAUUCCAGUAUUAUUGUUGAACAAGUCUUGAAUGAACUUAUAGACAAUGUAUCAGAAAUUUGUAAUAAUACACAAUUAACUACUAAUACUCGAAUGUUUUUAUUUGCUGCAGCAACAACUGGAAUUUCAAAUAGCAAUAAUCUAUUAACUUUAUUAGCCAGACACCGAAAAAGUGUUCUUGGAACAAAUUUUUAUGGAGAUAUUAGUUGUACGAAAUUUAUUGCUACAUAUAGGAGUAGUAUGUAUUUAGAAGUAUUAAUAACGGUAUGUUUAUAUUUUAUGCGUAGUUAUUAUCCUAAUCUUGGACAAAUGAGAUUAACAGCUGAAGAAAUAGCUGGAAAUCGUCAGGUACAAUUGACAAGUGCUGAACUCCUUACACUUAUAUUAUCUGAAUUAAUUACAAUAGUACGAGAUUCUGGACGAAGUUUUAGCUGUUUUAUUAUUGACUUGAUGGCUAAAUGUAAAUUACAAAAAAUUAUUCUCUUUUGUCUUGUAUCCACUACAAUAAUGUUGGAACAUCAAUGUAAUUCUACCAGUGGUAGUUACAAUAAUAAUAGUAAUAAUAGCUGUAACUCUACAACACAACAAAAAGGUGGAGGUGGAGGUGUUGAUGACGAUCUAACAACAUCAACUUUAGGAUCAUCUGCUACUAUGAAUUUUAACACUACAAGUUUUUUUUUGACUACAUCUAGUGAUAAUAUGGAAUAUAUUUCUGGUACACCGAUUCCUCAACAACCAAUAUUUCAAAAAAGUAUUAUAAGUGUAUUAAAGUUGAAUCAUAUGCGACAUCUUCAUCAACACUGGACAACUCUUGUUACAUCAAGUCUCCCAUAUAUGGGAUAUAGUGGAUUUUUAACUCAAUUAAUAACAUCUGUAAUCAAUCAAUUGUGUUGUAAUAUUGAAGGAUUGGCAUAUUAUUAUAAUGAUGUUACUAAAAAUAUUCAAGUAAAUUGUAGUAAUAUUAAUAAUAAUAUUCAUUAUUAUGAAAAUGAUAAUGAUUACGAUAGUGAAAAAUUCGAUUGUUGUUUACCAGUUGAUUAUACCAUUACACAAUUAGAAGCAUUAACUUUUUUACUUCACUAUUGUUUACUUGAUAAUUCAGCUGCUACACAACAACAAAUUAAUUUUAAUCAACCAUUUGGUGGAUACGGUAUAAGUGUAUUAAGUCAUUUACCAAGAAUCAUAGCCUCAUUAUCUACACUUUGGCAGUCAGUGUUGGUAGCAACAAUAGAAAAAACAUCAAAAAUUACAAUCGCAACAUCAUCAACAACAACAACAACAAUGAAAACGAAUAAUAAUAUUAAUGACAGUAAUAAUACUAAUAAUAAUAAUAAUAAUAAUAAUAAUAGUAAUAAUAAACAACAAAUAUCUAAUUUUUUUGGUGAUGAAUUUAAAAGUAUAAUAAUUGGCAAUCCUCGUGUUGUUGUUUAUCAACUUUUAGAACUGAUAUCGCCAAUAGCUUUUAAUCACGGGCAAAUAAUUGUUGAUUUAGUUGGUGCUAUACGUGUAAUGCCAAUCGAUACAUUGAUAAAAACAGUUAAUCAAGUAAUAAAAAAUCCACCAAUAAUAAAUGGUGUGAAGAAAAAUUUUUCAUUACAAGUAUCGGUUCUUGAAUUAUUAUAUGUAUAUAUAAAACAAACAAAUAUUACCGCCCAAUCGUUAGUUGAAUGUUGGAGCGCUCUUUUAGGGCUUUUACGUGAUAGUCUUUCGACAUUGUCAAUAACAACAUCAACGUCUUCAUCAAAUUUAACUCAACUACCAGCACCAGCACAAUUUCUAUUAUUAGCUAUUUUAAAUGAAUACGUUCAACGAUGUAGUAUGUCUUCAACAACACCUUCUAUUAUGCAAGAGAAAAAAGAUAUAAGAGACCUUCAAGAUAUAACAACAAAACUUGUUGAAUCUUGUUCAACAAUAGCUGGUGCUUGUUUAGAACAAACAACUUGGUUGAGAAGAAAUUUGGCUGUAAGAGAGGAUGUAUUAAUGUCACCAGUUUCAGUAUCUGAAAAUAAAUCAACAUCCUCAUCAUUAUCAUCUUCAACACGCCCACCGCCACCACCGCCACUACCACCACCACUAAUAACUACAACAACAACAACAACAACAACAAUAACACCGCCACCAAAUUCAGCUUACAGUGUUCAAGCACAAAUAGUAUUAGCUGAAAUAUUAGCGCCACUUUUAGAUAUUGUGUAUGGUGCUGUUGAUAAUAAGGAACGUGUUAUAACAUUAUUGACAAAUUUGAUGUACAAUAUUACUCCAUAUUUACGUAAUCACACGAUAAAAAAUAUUCCAUCAUUUAUUGCUUGUUCACAAUUAAUAAGUUCAUUAUCAGGUUAUCAGUAUACACGAAAAUCUUGGCGUAAAGAUGUUUUAGAUUUAUUGUUAGAUUCAUCAUUUUUUCAAAUGCCCGUUGAAUGUAUAUCAUAUUGGAAAAUAAUUGUUGAUAAUUUAAUGACACAUGAUACCACUACAUUUCGUGAUUUAAUGAAUCGAAUAUCAUCAAGUAUAUCACAAAGCAGUGGUAUAAGUUUAUUUUCAUCACGAGAACAAGAGUAUGAGCAAAGAGCACAAUUAUUAAAACGAUUAGCAUUUGUAAUUUUAUGUAGUGAACAAGACCAAUAUCAUAAAUAUAUACCAGAUAUACAAGAACGACUUGCAGAUAGUCUUAGAUUACCUCAAGUUAUUCCAACAAUUCAAGCUCAAGUAUUUUUAUGCUUUCGUGUACUUUUAAUACGUAUGUCACCUCAACAUACAACAUCAUUAUGGCCAGUUAUUGUAAGCGAGCUAGUACAAGUAUUCCUAUAUAUUGAACAAGAACUUGGUAGCGGUACUGACACCGAAGAAUUCAGUUCUCAUAUUAAACUUUUAUCAGCGUUGGAUUCUUCAUGGACAGUUAAUGCCAACAAUGGAUUGCUAUUGGGUCAUGGACACCCUCAUUGGUUACAACUACAACUGGCAGCAGCUAAAUUAUUAGAUUUAGCUUUACUUUUACCAGCGCAUAAGCUGCCUCAAUUUCAAAUGUAUCGAUGGGCUUUUGUCGGCGAUGUCAAUAAUGAUAAAACGAAAUAUCCUAACAACGAUAUCAUGUUAAAUCACGAUUUUGUUCCUCAUAUAUUAAGAAUUGCAAAAAUUAUGAAUAAAAAGUUUUCGUCAAAUCAGCAUUCAUCACAGGAAGAAAAAAUUUUAGUACCAGGAAAACUUAUAUUGACAACAAAUAAAAUCAAUUCCUUAGAAGAUUUGCACUAUUUUUUUACUGUUUUAAGUGAAAAAUCUAAUACCGAUAAUCGAUUAGAUACACCAGUUAAUAUUGUGGAUUUAGAAUCAGUAAUUGAACAGGAUUUCCUUGAAACAAUGUCAUUAUCAUCAUUGUCAACUUCUUAA